GCCCCUCUUCCUGGAAGAGCGGCCGCCUACUGGGGCGAAGGUGGCUCUCGGGUAGCAAGUCGGGGCUUCGGGGGGCGGUGGGGAGGGCAGGCGGGAGGAUGAGCUCCCCCGGCACCGAGGGCGCGGGGAAGAGCCUGCAGUACCGAGUGGACCACCUGCUGAGCGCCGUGGAGAGCGAGCUGCAGGCGGGCAGCGAGAAGGGCGACCCCACGGAACGCGAGCUGCGAGUGGGCCUGGAGGAGAGCGAGCUGUGGCUGCGCUUCAAGGAGCUCACCAACGAGAUGAUCGUGACCAAGAACGGCAGGAGGAUGUUCCCGGUGCUGAAGGUGAACGUGUCUGGCCUGGACCCCAACGCCAUGUACUCCUUCCUGCUGGACUUCGUGGCGGCCGACAACCACCGCUGGAAGUACGUGAACGGGGAGUGGGUGCCAGGGGGCAAGCCUGAGCCGCAGGCGCCCAGCUGCGUCUACAUCCAUCCUGACUCGCCCAACUUCGGGGCGCACUGGAUGAAGGCGCCGGUCUCCUUCAGCAAAGUCAAGCUCACCAACAAGCUCAAUGGAGGGGGCCAGAUCAUGUUGAACUCCUUACAUAAGUAUGAGCCUCGAAUCCACAUCGUGAGAGUUGGGGGUCCGCAGCGCAUGAUCACCAGCCACUGCUUCCCGGAGACCCAGUUCAUAGCGGUGACCGCUUAUCAGAAUGAAGAGAUCACAGCUCUUAAAAUUAAAUACAAUCCAUUUGCAAAAGCUUUCCUUGAUGCAAAGGAAAGAAGCCAUCACAAGGACGUGAUGGAAGACCCUGGAGACAGCCAGCAGUCUGGGCACUCCCCAUCAGGGGGGUGGUUGAUUCCUGGAACCAGCACCCUGUGUCCACCUGCCACCCCUCACCCUCAGUUUGGAGGCCCCCUCUCUCUUCCCUCCACGCACGGCUGUGAAAGGUACCCGGCCCUGAGGAACCACCGCCCAGCCCCCUACCCCAGCCCUUACGCGCAUCGGAACAAUUCUCCAACAUAUUCUGACAGUUCAUCUGCGUGUUUGUCCAUGCUCCCAUCCCACGACAAUUGGUCCAGCCUUGGAAUGCCUGCCCACACCAGCAUGCUCCCCAUGAGUCCGAAUGCUGGUUCUCCUACGGGCUCUAGUCAGUACCCCAGCCUGUGGUCCGUGAGCAGCGGCACCAUCACCCCCGGUGCCCAGGCGGCAGGGAUAUCCAACGGGCUGGGAGCCCAGUUCUUUCGAGGCUCUUCUGCCCACUCUGCCUCUCUCGCCCAUCCAGUCUCCGCUCCCUCCUCCUCGGGAUCCCCACUGUACGAAGGGGCCUCCUCAGCCACAGAUAUUGCCGACAGCCAGUACGAUGCCUCCGCCCAGGCCCGCCUCCUAGCCUCAUGGACGCCCGUGUCACCUCCGUCCAUGUGAGCCGGAGCCUGUGUCUUAAAGAUGCAAUGACUUUCUCGUGGCAGCAAGUCUUGGCUUGAUUGGUAGGCUCACGGGGAGGGGGAAGGGAAUAAGGCCUUAAAAUAAAUAAGAGGAGAAUACACGUUCAUUCGAGAGCCGCACUGACACCACCUUUGUUCAUCCUCGGUGGUAGCAGUGCCGUCCUGGGUCCUUGUGUGCUGCAGGUGAAUUCAAGUGUGCAAGCAAUGCAGUUGGCCUAACUCGCCGUGAUUCACAGUAAAAAUGACUUGCUAGCAUGCAGAAACUUUGUUUCUCGUACAGCACGUAGGUGACUCUGGCACAUCCAUAUGUAAACUCCACUGGUCCUACUCUAGUGAGAUAAAAAGCACACUUUUAAUUCUCUUCCUUGUUGCUUUCAAGUAGCCUUCAGGUCCCAUUUGCGGCAGGGGUCACAGUUGGAGCUGAGCUGUGAAAGACAAUUAAAUCAUAGUUGAGGACAACAGAUUGUAGUCAAAAUGGGAAUGUCCAGCUCUGCCCACUAGAAUGUGUUUAUUUUACGCAUAUGUAGCUAAUCUCUUGUGCUGUUAAACCUACAACUGUUUAUAUUUUUCUCCUGAUAAUGUAGCCAAAGACAAUCAGCAGAAAGCAUUUUCUGCAA